AUGGAAGCAACCUGUUUCCCGGCCGACCUAACUGCCAUCCAUGAGAUUCUAGAGAGGGAGGGAUACAAAGAAGACGAAGGGGUUGCAUCUGAGCUAUCUUUCCAAAUGUGGACAGACCAAAUGCAAGAGACGAUUACCCACAGAAAAAAGGGUGAUGAUGCAUUCCAAGCUGGAGACUUUCAGGCAGCAUUGGACAAUUUUACUGAGUUUAUUGAUACUGGGAUAUUGGUUUCACCGGUUGUUUAUGCCAGACGUAGCUUGUGCUACCUUAUGUCUGACCAACUUGAUGCUGCCCUCCAAGACUUGAAGAUAGUAGAGGGCAUCUUUGAAAAAUGCUCUUAUAAAUGGCCCACGGCACUCUACAUGGAGAAAAUUGCGGUUUCAAUGCUAGACAAUCAGAGUCCUCGUAGCGCAACCGAAAUGUUGAAUGAGGCGUCGCACCUCGAAGAGGAGAGGCGUGGGAAUGAAACUUUCAGCUUUCAGACCAACGAGGGAUUUACAUUCCCAAAAUUGAGCCAAUAG